CUGGCUUAUAGAGGCUACUUUUAUGAAUCACUCGGGUUGUCAGUAUACAGUUUUAACUAAGGUUAUGAAAAUUGAAAGCUAUCGUAUCAUCAGAGUGGAGCCGUUUGACGCAUAUCUUGAAGUUAUCUUGUAGAGCUGUGUAACACUGUCAUCGAAGAUUUCUAUGUUAAAGAAAUGAGCUUACGUCAAGCAUUAAGGUCACGUUUCAAAGGUGAUAAGCCAGAUUCUCCAACUUCUAGCAGAAAGUCAAAAGAUUCAAAAACUCUUCCACUUCCUGUAGUUGUUAAAGAAGAGGAUGAAACAGAUUAUAAAGAUGAUGAUUGUCAUUCAUUCCAAUCAGCGAGUUCUCUCAGUCCCUGUUUUCCGAGCACACCUGAUGGGGAAUUUAAAGAUCUGCAAGAAAAAGGCAUAUUCGAACAACAGUUAACACAAUUACAAGAACAACUUGUAGCAGCCAUGAUAGAAAAUCAAUCUCUUCGAAACGAAUUAGAAAUUAUCAACAAAAAACAGUCUGUAUUUGAACAAAUUAAGCAUCAGUUGGAAUCUGAGAAAAAAAAGAACAAUUUAUUAGAAGCAAAGAUCAAAGAUUUAGAUCAUAAAAAGUCAUUACAUGGUAUUAGUAAAUCAAAGAAAAAGAAUACUGAUGGUGCUGGUAAGUCAAAUCUAUCUGUGGAACCAGCCAUAGAUAUAGCAUCCGAUUUACAAGAAGAAGAUGUUGUUUCCAUUCCAGAUGGUGAGUUUGAAAAACCUGCUGUCAAAUCUCCCAAAUCAUUUAAAAUGAGAUUAUAUGAAGGUAUACUGAAGAAAGUAUAUGAGGUUAUAGAUGAUUUUACAGAAGAGAUGGAUUAUGUACAUGUGGAAAAUACAGAAGCUGAUCCUUUAACAGGAAAAAAACUCAAAGAGAAUAUUAAAAGAUUUGGUACAGCGGUCAAACCUUACUAUGAUACAGUAAAGGGAAUUGUAAAUUUAUUAGCAUGGAAAACACCUCCUUAUACCCUCAUUGUCUUUGUGGUAUAUAUGUACAUGGUAUUAAAGGGCUGGUUCUUUCCAACUUUAUUGGCAUGUUUAACUUUUAGACUUUUUAUUAAUAUCCUCAUUUACAGAGGGUGGAAUGUACAGUUUAAUUUUAUAGAUCCUGGAGAAAUCGAUGACAAGGACCCAGAGGAAAGUUUAGGGAUAUCAGAUAAACUGAACCUGGUUAUUGAAGUUGCUACUAAAGUUCAGAAUACUCUGGGUCAAGCUGCAGAUGGACUUGAAAAGAUCAAAAGUUUGCUGACAUGGAGACAACCAGAUGCCUCGAAUCAGCUGUUUUUAGUGAUACUGACUGGCUUCAUAUCAACAUGCAUAUUCCCAGGAACUGAUCUUUUACAUAUAAUAGGUCUUUUGAUUGGUAUUAAGUUAUUUAUUAUUGACAAUAUUUAUAACAAGUUUCCUCGUAUUAAAAAGAAAUAUGAUACAACUCAUCAAAUGUGGUUAUCAUUACCAACAGACGCUCAAUAUGAAAAGAAACAUAUGAAGUUGGAAAUUGACAGGUAUAUUUUAAAACAUGGUGAGGUUCCAGAUUCAGAGGAAGUUACAGAUGAAUAUACAUCAAGUGAUGAUAAGGCUUUUUGUCAACUUUUCUCUUUACCUAAUUCAGAAUCACCAUUACCUGGCUGGCAGGGUGGAAGAAUGUGUACUUUAAUAAACAGAGAAAAAUCUUUAGCUUCAGCUUUUAAAAGUGGUAAAUUAUAUUUAACGAGAAGUUUUUUAUGCUUUGAAAGAAGUAAAACUCCUUCACCAAAGAACAUUGUAAUUCCUCUGGCAAAUAUCAGUGGUCUUGAAAAGGCUAAACCAUAUUCAUGGUUACCUGGUGGUGGUAUGGCUAUAGAAGUUACUGUUACUAAUUCUGACAAGUCAUUUAUGUUUGGUGGCCUUAUGAACAGAGAUGAAACUUUCAAUAAAAUAACACAAGUUGGAAUGGCAGCACAAUUACCAUGGGCUUCAGGUUUACCCUUAGAUGAAUUACACAUGACCCGAGAGUUAGCAAAGUUCAACAAAAAAAGUCAGCCUCAUAAGUUUAAGAAUUUAAGCAUCGGAAUGGUUUGUGAUGAUAAAGAAAAUGAAAAUUGAUUUUAUUUUGUCAUCUUAUUCCUUUAGUACUGCAUUAAAUUUUAUUCAUAAAUAAUUGAACUCAACUUAGGUUGAUGCUUGCUUUUUAUGGUCUAGACAACUUCCAAAUCAAUUUUAGGAUGCUUUCCAUGCUUGCAUCAUUUACAAGUACUUUAAUUAUAAUUUUUUCGUCUUCCAAAUGCUUGAUUGCUUAAUUUCAUUGAGCAAUACCAAAGCUGUAAUAUCAUGGACCAACAUAUAUCAUCAAGAAACAAAAAUAUAUAGCUUUGAAGGAGAUGUUACAUCAAUUUCUAUAUUCUAACAAAAGAUGGAUAAUGAUGACGGCCACUUGGAUCAACUUUCAGAAAUUUAUUUAGGGGUUCCAUUUAAGGGCCACCAUAAUUGAAGAUUAUGACAUUGAUGUCAUCAAUACCAUCAAAUAUGGCAAAUGACAAAAUUGUGAGUAAAUUGAUCAAAUUAGCAAUUAUUGCUAGUUUGAUUCCUCCAGUGACAUCAUAAAGAAUUAAUAUAAUAUAGGAUUUGAACAGAGGCUUCUAGCAAGUUUUUUUAAUAUUUGAUUCUAUAGCCAUUUAUUAUCUAUCUAUUCUCACAAAAUAGAAAUAGGUGGACCAUCUUAGGUGAACCAACAUGAGUAUUAUUUUUAAUGGAUUAUUGACUUUUAUAUUUUAACAGUCCUUGAUUUCUUUUUUUAAUGCUUUAGCAAGCCCACAUAAUUAUUGAACAAAAAUCUUUAAUAUCUACUAA